GAAUAAACAAAAACAAUGAACAAAUACACCAAAUAAACAAUUUUAAUUUCUUAUAGAUAAAAAUUAAAAUUAUGCGAAUUUGCAUCAUCGAGAUGAGAUAAGAAAAUAAAACACUGUGAUAAUACAAUAUAAGUAAUAAGAGAUAACUUUUGUAUUGUUUUUAUUUUUAAUAUUUAAUAAAAUAAUAAAUUAAGGGGUUUAACGACGGACUUUGAGAGGUGCGAGGCAACUGGCAAAAUGAGGGCAGUAAUUGAAAGGAAUCCUGGAUGUGAACUGGAUCUCGGAUGGCUCAAUAGUGUAAAUGUGAACCUCACCGCUGUUAACGAUCUAGCAAAGAAACUUGCUACUGCCAGAGAAUUAAAAGAUGAGCAUAGAGCAGCAUGGAUUCUGAAAGCAAUAACCUUGAUCGAUUUAACCACAUUAGCUGGCGAUGACACACACAGUAACGUUUCAAGGUUGUGUUUUAAGGCAUCAAGACCGCUUGCCGAGGACUUGCUUUUAAAAUUAGGUUAUAAGUAUGAUGAAGAAUGUCCAAUACAGACAGCAGCAGUUUGUGUUUAUCCUUCAAAAGUUCGGGAUGCUGUGGAAACCCUAAAAAAAUUAGGAUAUUAUGAUAAGAUAAAUGUGGCUUCAGUUGCUACCGGAUUUCCUUGCGGCCAAACACCAUUAAAAACCAGAUUGGAAGAAAUAAAGUUUGCUGUGGAAAUGGGGGCGAAAGAAAUUGAUAUUGUAAUUGAUCGUGCUCUUGUCAUCUCUGGUGAAUGGGAGGAACUUUAUCGGGAAAUCCAGCAAAUGAAAGAAGCGUGUGGGAAUGCUCACUUGAAAUCGAUCCUUGCUACUGGUGAACUGGGAACUUUGAAUAAUGUUUAUAAAGCUUCUUUGGUAGCAAUGAUGGCCGGUUCAGAUUUUAUCAAAACUUCCACUGGAAAAGAAUCGGUAAACGCUACUUUACAAUUUGGCAUAGUCAUGUCGCGUGCCAUUAAAGACUAUUAUCAGAAAAUGGGCUAUAAGGUUGGACUGAAACCAGCGGGUGGGGUUAGAAAUGCGAAAGACGCACUCUCUUGGCUGGUUUUAGUGAAAGAACAUCUUGGAGAUGAAUGGCUGAGCCCAGAUUUAUUCAGGUUUGGUGCUUCUGGACUCUUGGGCGAUUUAGAAUGUAAUUUAUAUGAGUAUGUAACUGGCAAGGUUCCUGCGGCAUAUGAAUUUUUUAUGGGAUGAAAAAAUUGACGCUGCGUAAAUUUUGUAUUGUUGUUAUAGAAAGUAGGAAGUGAAACUGUUUUGCUUUUAUAGAUUUGUUAAUAAAAUUAUUUCAUAAAAUUUUAAAAAAACCAGAUAGCGGAGGAAAAUAGCGGAUGUAAGAACAAAACUAUUAUCUUUUGCAACGUUUCUUAUAGGCCAGUCAAUGAGGGUUCGGAAUUCACAAUAAUUGCAAACAAUGUGAAAUUUAGGAUUUACGUUUUGCAUGACAAAAAAAUGAACUAUAAAAAUUUGCACCUUCCAGUGACGUGCGGAACAUUGUUUUUUUUUGUAAAAAUUGAACAAUUAUUAAUUACUUCUUCCCAAAAAUUGCUAACAAAGUGCAAAUUCACAAAAACGCGACGACUGAUCUUCCAAAUCUUGUAUUAAUUUUGCACCUUUUUUCAUUAGGCGGAACACAAUGAAAAAUUAUUUAUUGUUAAAAAGUAUUAUAUAAUUUUCGGAAAAAAUGCUAACAAGUGCAAAUUAGGAUGAUGUACCGUAAAUGCCAAACAAAUAAUUGUAUAAAUUUGCACCUUUCAAUCUCCUCCGGAAAUGAGUGAUUCGCAUUAAUAUAACAUAUCAUAUGUGAAAAAACACCAUUAUUUUGAGGGAAAAUUGCUAACAAUUCAAAAACUAGGUGCAAAUGUUCAAAUUGAUUGCCAGAAUGUUAUGCAACAUUUGCACCCAAAAAUAUUAAUUGGAGACCUUUUUUUUCUGAUUUUUGUUUUUUACAAUAAUUAUUGACAUCGAGAAAAUUACAAACAGGGUGCAAAUCACAACAGCAAUUCUAAAUAUUAUUUCAACCCUUACUUCGAGUUUGCACCCCUAUAUGAAGCACGGAAUAAGUUUAAAAUAUUAAAAAUAAUCAGUGGCGCGGCACAGCGUAAAUAUUAUUUGAAGGAUGUUUUAGAGAUAUUUCUUAUUCCGUGCUUCAUAUAGGGGUGCAAACUCGAAGUAGGAGUUGAAUUAUUAUUUAGAAUUGCUGUUGUGAUUUGCACCCUGUUUGUAAUUUUCUCGAUGUCAAUAAUUAUUGUAAAAAACAAAAAUUAGAAAAAAAAGGUUUCCACUUGAUAUUUUUGGGUGCAAAUGUUGCAUAACAUUCUGGCAAUCAAUUUGAACAUUUGCACCUAGUUUUUGAAUUGUUAGCAAUUUUCCCUCCAGAUAAUGGUGUUUUUCCACAUAUUAUAAUGCAAUUCGCUCAUUUCCGGAGGAGAUUAAAAGGUGCAAAUUUACACAAUUAUUUGUUUGGCAUUUACGGUGCAUCAUCCUAAUUUGCACCUUGUUAGCAUUUUUCCCGAAAACUAUAUAAUACUUUUUAACAAUAAAUAAUUUUUCAUUGUGUUCCGCCUAAUGAAAAAAGGUGCAAAAUUAAUACAAGAUUUGGAAGAUCAGCCGUCGCGUUUUUGUAAAUUUGCACUUUGUUAGCAAUUUUUGGGAAGAAGUAAUUAAUAAUUGUUUAAUUUUUACAAAAAAAAACAAUGUUCCGCACGUCACUGGAAGGUGCAAAUUUUUAUAGCUCAUUUUUUUUGUCAUACAAAACGUAAAUCCUAAAUUUCACUUAUUUUGUAAUUAUUGUUAAUUCCGAAGCCUCAUUGACUCGCCUAUUAUGCCUUUAUUGAUACCUUUUCAAGCUGGAGAACAGUUUAACAUCCUACAGAUAAUAUUUGUUGUAAUAAAGGAUUUUUUAGUGACUAACUGUUUGUAACCGUGUUAUAAACGGUAACUGAAAUUAGGCCUUUUCGGAAGCGCUUAUAUGAUUAACCCGAUCACCAGUUCUUUGUUUUUUGUCUUUCUUUGCUGAACACGAUUGAAAAAAGAUAUAGUACAUCAGCUGGUGAACCGGUUAUUAAGAUCAGCGUUUCCGAAAAGGCCUAGUUUCAGUUACCGUUUAUAGCACGGUUACAAACGGUUAGUCGCUAAAAAAUCCUUAUAGUCGACUUACCUUUUAGGUAUUCCUGAUUACUAGUAACUCUAUCCAUUCAUUAAUAAUUAAAUAAAUCAAAAAAUUUUAUGGUACCAAAAAAAUCCUAAACGUUUUUCCAUCUUGCAACAACGUUUGCACCUAUUUUAAAGUCAAAAUGGGUCUAGAUUGUAGUUGUGUCACGUGUCACUACAGUAGCAGUACAAAGUUGGCUCAACGAUGUUUCGACUACGUUCAUAUGACUGGCAUGAUAGAUGACUAAUGAGUGAAUUUGUUCUCAGAUGCACCAUCUCAUUAUUGUGACCUAAUGUGUUUACUUAAAUUGAGAAAGUCAGUUACAAGUGUUUAUUCAACGUUGGUUUGACGUACUACACAUGACCUUAUCUCAGCCAGGUCAGAUACAGCUAGUUUUAGUUUCAGUCGUUUUUGACAUCACUUGUUUAGGAGUGAGGUAUUUUAGUUUUACAGCAAAAAAGUGAUAGGUACUAUUUUUUACCACUAAAAUCACUAAACCCACUUAUUAACAAAGUAACUGGAAUAAUAAUCACCAUGUUUAAUAAUGUAAUGGAUUUUGCAGAUCCUCAUAAACUACAACUUUAAUUGAACUAAGAGACUUUAUAAAGUUCACUAGUUACUAAUCGCUUUUACUUUAGAUAAAACUUUUACUUAACUUUUUACAAUAAUUAUCUUAUUUAUCUGACUGAAUUUUAAGCUUGCUACGAGCUUUAUAUACCUACCAUUCAGUCGAGAAAUCUCUUGAAUCGCGUCAAUGGUUGUUUAUGUAAGACACAUAAUGGAACGAAUUCCUGAAUAUUUUUGCUCCGGUUCAAAUAGUGGCGUCGGCUCUUCCCCAGCAAUGUAAUUUCGUAACUUCAAAUCACACACUCACUCAGAUCCAUAAUCGUCCCAUCUUUCAUUCUCAUUCUCUCUACUACCCAGCAGUAACUACUAUGUUUUAGAGUCCUCAGAACCAACUAUUUUGGAAUAAUGUCCUCAGAACCAAGUAUUUGGAAAAAAUUUGAUCUUGAUCUUGAUCUAAGUACACCUUUUGCAAUUGUAAUUCAGUAAGCGGAAAAUGUAUUUGAGAAAGGAAAAUUAAAUUUCAGAAAAUGGAAAUUGUAAUUCAGAAUAGGAAGUUAAUAUUCAGAAUAUGGAAUUUGAAAUUCAGAAAAGGAACAUAAUAUUCAGAAAUGGGAAUUUGUAAUUCAGAAUAGGAAUAGGUAUGUAAUUCAGAAAGGGGAAAUUUAAUGCCAGAAAAUGUAAAUUGUAAUUGAGAUAUGCGAUUUUGAAAAUCGGAAAUAGGAAAAUGUAAUUCAGAAUUGGUAACAUGUAAUUCAGAAAUUUUUUGUCAGAACGGUUAAACAUAAAAAUUUUCUUUGCGACUCCAAAUAAAAAAAUCCUAUUCAUACAUAUUAAAUUUUUCUUCAGUAGAUAAAGUUAGUUGCAUAGAUCAUGAGCUAUGACGUCUGAAGAGGCAGAGGGGAAAAUUUGCCAUUGCGGUGUUGUCAUAUCAAUAAUAUUAAUACAUAAUAAUUGCAAAAAUAGAAAAAGAUUGUAGAACACUAACUUUAUUUAUACCUGAGCACAUAAGUAAUUACCCAAUAACCACUAUAAAAUUUCUUCCUUCAAAAGAAAUUUUAUAGUUCCACUUAGUUUUGUUGAGGUUCAUUGGUUAUUGUUCUCGCCUUUGAAUUGUCAGUAUCUCGCUGGUGCAUUGGGUCUGGUGUUGGGCUAGCAUCCUGGGUAUCGCAGGUUCAAUUCCAAUAAAUUGCGGUUUGUUUUUUGUUCUUUUAUUUUAUUCAGUGUUUGUAUCCUAACCUUGCUUUUUAGUGUUUAUUUUUAAUUAAUGUGUGUUAAGGGUGUGUAUUUCAAGGCCUGAUGAUGCUCUAUUGAGCGAAACACGUGUAGCUAAUCAAAUAAAUUAUGAGACUGUGACUUUGUUUUUGUUAUCUUCAAAAACCCCUAUACGAAGUUACAUGCCCCUAAAGGACGCCUCUGAAAAUAGGUUUUUUGUUGAUAACUUUCAAAAUACUUCGUGUUAUUUUUUUUUUCUUUAAAUAUGAUGGAUACUAGAUAAGACCCCUUAAAAUGGACCCUUUUAAACACGAUUGACCAAUCUAGUUUGAGUUUGCCAGGGACGGACUAGCUUUAACACAAUAAUGACACUGAGAAAAUAUUAGUAGAAAGGAUUAGUUUUCACUGUCGCGAAAUAAGGGAUAAUAUUGAUUAUUGAAGCAUUGUCGAGGGUCGACCAAUAUUUGAUUAAAAUAGGAAUGCAUAAGAUUAGAAGGAGCCCAAGUUGAGUUGACAUACAAAAUUAUUUGAUAAAAAACCAUUAAUAAACAAAAACACAUUUUCCUAGAAACCAACUCAUUUUUUCGACAUCGAAUAAGAGUAUCUUUUUUCUAGUUCAAGGUUGAAACUAUCUAAAAAUAUUAUUGCUAUGCCUUUAUCAUACAGGGUGUAAAAAAGGAGCAUUAUUGUGUUAAAG